ACACGGUUAAUAUCCAGGUCUCCAGUAAACAUCUAUGAGCCUCUAUAAAUCAGCUGCUGUGCCACUGAAUGGAACCUCUGGGCUGAAGGCAAAAUUCACAACUUUGAUUUCAGUUAAAUUAUCAGUUUGACCGAGGACACAGAGUUGAGCUCCAGUCAACAGAACAGAAAAUGACAACUGAAGCAGCUCAGGAACUUGACGAGCGAUGUUUCCUGUCGGCACAGUCCAUGUCCAAUCUGAAGGUUUCUGAACACUUCCAGGUGGUAAAGCUCCUGGGAGAGGGAUCCUAUGGAAAGGUCAUGUUAGCGGUACACAAAAAAAGAGGAACCCCCAUGGCUCUGAAGUUCUUCCCUCGUCGGUCCACCUCACUCACCUCUUUCCUGCGUGAAUACAAUCUCUCUCUUUCCUACUGCACUCAUCCCUCUCUGACUCGGGCCCUGGGGAUCUUCUUUUCCACUCCAGCCUACUAUGUCUUUGCUCAGCAAGCUGGUCUAUACGGCGACCUCUACAGUGUGAUAGUGUCUGAGGUCGGGGUGGAUGAAGAGUGCGUCCAGAGGGUGAUGUCCCAGCUGAGCGGUGCCGUCACACAUCUCCAUUCACUGGGCUUCGUCCACCGUGACAUCAAACCUGAGAACAUCUUCCUGUGCGACAGCUCCUGCCGCUGGGUCAAACUGGGUGAUUUUGGCCUCGCCCGGUCAAUCGGCGCCACCGUUCGUGCUGUCUGGUACGAGUCGCCCUUCUGCACCCCAGAGGUGGAACCUGCCAAGGCGGCCGAGAAAGAGAUGGAAAGGAGGGUGUCUGAGGGGACGGAAGAGGAGAUGGAGGACAUUUGGAUCACAGUGGAGCCCUGUAUCGACAGCUGGGCCCUCGGCGUACUCGUCUACUGCCUCUUAACCGGCUGCUUCCCCUGGGAGGAGAGCACUCAUGACGACCGCGGCUUCUGCAAAUACAAGAAGUGGUUUUACCGUGAGGCUGAAAGGGAGGACAAGAUCAGUGAUGUUGAGUGGACUGGUGAGCAGGACAGUUAUACAAUUCUGGAGAAAAACCAAGAGGGCAACCCUCUCCCUUCACAGUUUGAAGGCCUCAGCCCACUGGUUAUGACUCUUUUGAAGGAGCUCCUGAAUCCCCAGCCAAAACUCAGAGGAAACCCAGAGGAGAUCUUGAGCUAUCUUGGAGGGCCGUGGCUGAUGGAGACGGAGAGGGAGGAGAGGAGGAAGGCAGAGGAGGCACAGAAGGAGGCCAGGAAAAUAAGAGAGGGUGGAGGGGUGGCAGAGGAGCUGGUGAGGGAAGGCAGAGGGGAGAGAUGA